UUAAUCCUAACUCAUUGGACUAUUAUUAUGUAUAAUUUAAUUAAACAUUCAAUCUGUUUUUAUAGAAGAAAAAGGAAACAUUCUAUCUGUAGCAGCUGUAAUCUGCUGGAAAUAAUUAUUUUAGAAAUUUCUGUUUUUCUUUUGUAAAAUAAUUUAUGUUUUCUCUGUUAUUUUUCUCACAUCACAUUAACGCGCACAAAACUGAAAGCAAAAUAGCAACAAGAGACCCAACCAAACAACAGCAACCAUGGCAACAACAACCGUUUGAGAGUGUGAAAACGACGUCAUAUCUGGAGUUUUUUUUUUUUUUUCUUCUUUUCUCUAUUCUUGAAGCAAGCUGGUUAGAGAUCUCCUUCGUCUCCAAAUAUUCAAUUCGCCGUUUAUUUUAUUAUGUAAUUAAAACAUAAAUUUGUUUUAGGCGUUGUAUUUAUGAGCAUGUCCUAGCACAAUCUCUCUAUUCUACUCAUUGGUUUUCUCUUUCUUUGUUGGAGGAGGUUAUUGUUUGAUCCAGAAAAGAAAUGGUAGUUUCUGGGCCAAUUACGCCUGGACAGGUGUCUUUUCUCUUAGGAGUUAUCCCAGUUUUCAUUGCAUGGAUAUAUUCAGAGUUCCUAGAAUACAAGAAAUCGGCAUCUCUUUCUAAAGCCCAUUCAGAUACUAAUCUGGUUGUAUUAGGAAAGGAGACAAUUAAAGAAGAUGACAGGGCUGUUUUGCUUGAAGGGGGUCUAACAAGAUCAGCAUCUUCUAAGCUCCAUGCUUCAUCCAUCAAAACAAACUUGAUUAGGUUUUUGACCAUGGAAGACUCUUUCCUUCUGGAACACCGAACCACUUUGAGAGCAAUGGCCGAGUUUGGGGCUAUUCUGGUGUACUUCUACAUAUGUGAUCGGACAAAUUUUCUAGGAGAAUCUACCAAGAAAUACAACCGUGACCUUUUCCUCUUCCUCUAUGCUCUUCUCAUCUUAGUUUCUGCAAUGACUUCUUUGACAAAGCAUAGUGACAAAUCAGCAUUCUCUGGAAAGACCAUGCAGUACCUUAGUAGGCAUCAGACUGAAGAAUGGAAAGGAUGGAUGCAGGUGCUAUUUCUAAUGUACCAUUAUUUUGCUGCGGCGGAGAUAUAUAAUGCAAUACGUGUCUUCAUUGCUGCAUAUGUUUGGAUGACGGGAUUUGGCAACUUCUCAUACUAUUAUAUCAGAAAGGACUUUAGCCUAGCACGUUUUGCUCAGAUGAUGUGGCGACUAAACUUCUUUGUGGCAUUUUGCUGUAUUGUUCUCAACAAUGACUAUAUGCUUUACUACAUCUGCCCAAUGCACACGCUUUUCACCGUAAUGGUGUAUGGAGCUCUUGGGAUUUUCAACAAGUAUAAUGAGAUACCAUCGGUGAUGGCUGUGAAAAUUCUUGCAUGCUUUCUUGUAGUUAUCUUUAUUUGGGAAAUUCCUGGAGUUUUUGAAAUAUUCUGGAGUCCACUAGCUAUCCUAUUAGGGUACACUGAUCCUGCAAAACCUGAUCUCCAUCGAUUGCAUGAGUGGCAUUUUAGAUCUGGUCUGGAUCGCUAUGUAUGGAUAAUUGGAAUGGUGUAUGCCUACUAUCAUCCAAAUGUUGAGAAAUGGAUGGAAAAAUUGGAGGAAUGUGAAACCAAGAGAAAAUUUUCAAUCAAAGCAAGUGUUGUUGCAAUUGCUUUAUUUGUUGGCUAUAUGUGGUAUGAAUGUAUUUACAAGCUGGACAAGGUUACUUACAACGAAUACCACCCAUACACAUCUUGGAUUCCCAUAACUGUCUACAUUUGCUUGCGGAAUUGUACUCAGCAGCUUCGAAGUUACAGUUUGACUCUCUUUGCGUGGCUUGGCAAGAUAACUCUGGAGACUUACAUUUCGCAAUUUCAUAUCUGGUUGAGAUCAGACAUGCCUAAUGGACAGCCCAAGUGGCUUCUUUCUUUUAUCCCGGAAUAUCCCCUGCUCAACUUCAUGCUCACAACAGCUAUUUAUGUCUUGAUAUCUCAUCGUCUGUUCGACUUGACCAAUAAACUUAAGUCAGUUUUCAUUCCCACAAAAGACAACCGACGGCUGCUAUAUAAUUUCAUUGCUGGAGUAGUCGUUUCAGUGUGUUUGUACUGCACUUCACUCAUUCUUCUUCAGAUUCCUCAUUCAAUUGCCUGAGAAAGCAUGAAGUUGGAUAGCGAGCGCUUUUACAUCGGACAUACAAAAAACAUAAAUAGUUGGAGCAGAAUAAGUGAACUUGGAAGACGUCUACACGAUCUAAGCUUUCGGAUUUGAAUGUUUCCAAUGAUUUUGAGUAAAAUUGCCCUCUAUUUUUCAUCCUCGAUCUGGAACUAUGAGUCUUGGCUUUGCGUUGGGAGCAUGAUGGGGGGCAAGCAGGCAACCAACAGGAAGUAAAUCUUUUUCCUUUUUUAUUUCUUUACAUUUUGUUGAAUAUUGAUGAACUGCAAUAUAUCGUUUCCUUUUGUAUUUUUUUUUUCCUUUUUUGGUCAUUUAUUGAAGGAAAAAAUGUAAAUUGAUGUGACGUAGAAUGUGGUGUUUCGGUACCAAACAGAUCGGAGAUACAAUAGUAAUGCAAAAUUUUAUUGGGAACUUUUCUCUCAUAAUCAUUUGUCAUUUGGGCAUGUAUUUUACGACAUCAAAACUAGGUAUAAUUAUGUAAUAUUUUGAGUGAGAGAGUGAUAUGUAACCUUAUUAAUAAGAAAAUGUUUUUAGAUAUAAA